CAAGUCCGAGGGGCGGAGAAGGGGAAGAGGAAGGGGGAAGAGAGUGGGAGAGCAGCGAAAGCUGGGAGACAGAGGCCGGGCGCGCUGCGAGGAGGAGGCGGGGAACCGGGGAGCCAGGAUCGCGGCGCGGGUGCCCCGCCAGCUGCCCCGCCGGCUGCAGGUGGAGCCCGCAGCAGCGCCCGCCGAUCCCGCAGCCCCAAGGCGCUGCCACUGCUUCCCCGGGGCCUCCUUCCAGGCCCCGAGGGAGCUGGCGAGGGGGCCCUCGGUGCUCGUCCCGCAGCUGCGCCCGGCGCCCCGCCUCGCCCAUGGCUGAGGGCCGGCGGUGGGAGGACGAGGACGAAGAGCUGGGGCGCCGCGCCCGGGGCCGGGCGCUCGCGGGCCACCCGGCUGCAGAUCGCAACGAACGAAAUAAACCAGAGCAUCGUUCUUCAAGCUUCUCGGACUUCUAUACAAAGUGAGCUUCAUCGAGAUAGGAGGCGCCCGGAGAUCACCAUUGUGGCAGCUGAGCCACUGAGGCCAGCCUCAUGGUUUCCAGGAGCCCCAGCCCCAGGAUUGGGAUUUCCCCCGCCCUCUGCCGCAGGCCCGUGGAGGCCCAGUGAGCUGGUUCCUGCUGAGCUCCCACCAUCUUAUGAACAAGUCAUAAAAGAAAUCAACCAAGUUCGAGUUAAUACUACAAAUAAUAAUAAUGCUGCUGCCUCUCCAAGGCACACUAUUACUUCUGCAACUCAGACUGACUUUUCAGAAGAAAUAGACAACCACCUGCCUCAAAGUAAUGCAACACUACAGGCACCUCUCAAACCUCUUCAGCCUUCCGUAGGGGUCUCAGCCAGUGAUCUUCCCACAAAUGUGGCACCUUUAAUAGUCUUUGACAUUUCUGAGGAACACAGUUGUCCAGAAAAUUCCAAUGCUACAAGAUGUCCAGUGCCAAAACCAAGAUCAAAAAGCAACCUCAGACCAGUAGCCAGAGAUUCCCACAUUAAAGGGCAGAAUCUCCAGAAAACCAGCUCAGCGGCUACCGAAGAGGAGUCGGCCCCAAGCCAACCCCAGUCUUUGUUGGACAAUACCAACGACUUGGAUCAUCAGGCAGGGAUAAACAUUAUGAACACAGAACGAAGCCAAAAUAGUAUUGUUUCAAGGAUCAAAGCAUUAGAUAGUCAGACAAAUACAGAAACUUCUGGACUGCCCAAGAAACCAGAGAUUGCUCCCCGCGCCCUCCCCCCAAGGCCUGCUGUUCCCUCAGGGAAACCCUCUGUGGCUCCCAAACCAGCUGCUAACAGAGCUUCUGGAGAAUUGGACUCCUGGAAUGAAAACAGAUGCAAGGUGGCCUCAGGGGAAGGGCCCACCCCACACUCUCCAUCGCAAGAAGUGGGGAGCAUCCCAGUAACCAAACCUGAAUUGCCAAAGAAACCAAACCCUGGCCUUACACGAAGUGUUAAUCCGGAGACUCUGGGAGGAGGGCCCGUGGCUGAGAGCCCUGAUGGCAGGAAGAGAGUCCCAACUCCUGCUCCUCGGCCUUUGCUGCCGAAGAAACCAGUUUCCUCAGAAAACCCCACCUGCCCUGCAGCUUUGCUGAAACCGGUCACUGUUCCUCCCCGACCCUCAGUGGCAUCACAAGCCAAAGCAUUCAGGCCACUGGGCGAAGGAGCCUCAGCCAACCCCCCAGCCCCAGGUCCGCAAAGCAAGCCUCUGGGGGACAUCGACCUCAUCAGCUUUGAUGACGAUGUUUUACCCACCCCACCUGGGAACGUGGUUGAAGACUCUCUUGGUUCAGAAAUGGCUCUGGAUCCCUUUCAGGUCCCCACAAAGACAGAACCAACAAAAGAACCAGCAGUUCAACCAGCACCCACCAGAAAGCCCACUGUGAUUCGAAUUCCAGCCAAACCAGGAAAAUGUUUACAUGAGGAUGCCCAAAGCCCGCCUCCUCUCCCUAUUGAAAAGCCUAUUGGAUACACUUACAGUAUGGUAUCUGGAAAACACAGUAAUGUUGACAGAACUAGAGACUUGGAAUCCGACCAGGCUGGGCAAAUGGGAGGCACUGUUCGAGGACCCCCCAGGCUUCCACCAAGACCUGUAAAUGGAAGAGUCACACCAGCUCGACAGCCUCCUCCCAGGGGGGCCCCUGAGAGACCACCUCCCCCGAGACUUUCUACAACCAGAACAUCAAAUAAAAAACUACCUUUUAUUCGGUCUUCUUCUGAUAUGGAUCUUCAGAAAAAACAGAAUAACGUGGCUUCCAGACUCACAAAAACCAAGAGUCAAAUUUUUAAAAGUCAAGAUCCGGUGCUACCUCCUCGCCCUAAACCAGGACACCCUCUCUACAGGAAAUACAUGCUGUCCCUGCCUCAUGGGAUUGCUAAUGAAGACAUUGUCUUGCAAAACCCCGGAGAACUCUCUUGUAAGCAUGGGGACGUCCUUGUGCUGCUGAAGCAGGCAGAAAAUAAUUACUUGGAAUGCCAAAAGGGAGAAGGCACUGGUAGAGUGCUGUCUCAGAUGAAGAUUAUCACCCCACUUGAUGAACAUCUUCGAAGCAGACCAAACGAUCCAAGCCACACUCAGAAGCCUGUUGACAGUAGUGCUCCUCAUGCUGUCGUUCUUCAUGAUUUUCCAGCAGAGCAAGUUGGUGAUUUGAGUCUCACUUGUGGAGAAAUUGUUUAUCUUCUGGAAAAAAUAGAUACAGAUUGGUACAGAGGGAAAUGUAGAAACCAGACUGGGUUAUUUCCUGCCAACCAUGUCAAAGUAAUUAUUGAUGUUCCAGAAGGAGGAAAUGGGAAAAGAGAAUCAGUUUCAUCUCACUGUGUUAAUAAGGGUCCAAGAUGUGGUGCUCAGUUUGAAUAUAUUGGAGACCAGAAGGAUGUGCUAAGUUUCUUGGAGGGAGAAAGUAUUGUUCCUAAUGAGCAUGUGAAUGAAGAAUGGGCUGGAGGAGAACCCCGAGGCAGAACUAGGAUUUCCCCCCUUAACCUUGUGGAACUCGUUGAGGAUCAUGCCGCCUCUGGUACAAAUAUUUUCAGCACAAAGGUACCACUGAAGACAAAAAAAGAAGAUUCUGGAGCAAAUUCUCAGGAUGACAGGCUUUCUGGAGAAUGGUGUGAAGCACUUCACAAUUUUACAGCGGAGACCAGUGAUGACUUACCCUUCAAGAGGGGAGAACGGAUUCUGAUCCUCCAGCGGCUGGACUCCGACUGGUACAAGGGCAGACUGCGAGACAAGGAGGGGAUCUUCCCAGCAGUCUUUGUGCGGCCCUGCCCAGCUGACAUGAAAAGUAUGUCUCCUUUGGCAGUGAAGGGGAGGAAGGCCAAAGCCUUGUAUGAUUUCCAUGGGGACAAUGAAGAUGAGCUUUCCUUCAAGGCUGGAGAUACAAUUACAGAGCUGGAAUCUGUAGAUGAUGACUGGAUGAGUGGAGAACUAAUGGGAAAAUCUGGAAUAUUUCCCAAAAACUAUGUUCAGGUUUUACAAGUCGGCUAAAGGUGAAGCUUGACUGUGUCCCUUGGCACAAGAACUAUCACUUCGACUAUCAGAUAUGGUUUUUUUGCACUAUUUUUUAAACUGAAAGAAAUAUCUAUGCUGUAAUGGUACACUAGAAUUUUCUGAAAGCAAAAAAUGUCUGGAUUUCAUCACAGUAGAAACGAACACAUGAAAAUCAAUGAGCAAGUAUUCUACCAAGGAAAACAUCAGCAGGAUGAGCAAGACAGUUAAACACUUCCCCCAGGGAAAGUGCCUGGUAACCUGGUAGCACAAGGGGACCUACACGCAAAAGCUGUGCUUCAACAUCUAUUUUCAUCAGCAAAAGUCAAUUAAACACGCUUCUUUUUUUCUUUUUUUUUACUUUAAAAAGAGGACAUUCAAUAUUCUACAUGCUGUAACCAUCAAGUCAUGGUUGGUAAUCUAAAUUUCAUUUGUGAUAUUCAAAUUAAUUCUAACAGCUUGAGCACAUUGUCCUAUAAUAUUAUCAGGGCAAAUCCUUGCUUCAGGAGGGAGUAGUUUAACUAGUUGGAGCCUGUGUAAGGCUCCUGGUGAAUCAGCUCAUGCUCAUCAAAUGCUUCUGGUGUUAAUAAGUAUUUCCCCUUUGUCCAAGAAUUUGAAGGGGGUUAAAAUGUAAAGCAUCUUAGUUAAAUGAACCAAAACCAUCCUGAGAUGCCUUGCUAAUAUGACUAACCCUUCCACAUACUUGCUGUACUUACUUCUUUUAUCCUUUUAUACUUUAUACAGGGUUGUUAUAAAGCACAUUUUCUGAAUCUGCAAUCAUUCUUUCGACAAUUACUGGUACUCAAAGAAAAAUUCAUUUUCUUUGUGUUACCCCAGUAAUAUGUAAAAGCUGUGUCUUGUUAUAGUGAUACAUUAUGAAUCACAUUAUCUCAAAUACAGAGUAACUGUUAAGAUGAAAAACAAUGCCAAGCCCCACAACUCAUUUCUUCCCAAUAUAAUCAAAUGAAAAAUAAUUUAAGAAAACUGAAGGCUGAUACUUUUUUGUGGUUUUCCCCCUAGCUCAUCCCUUCACAAUUAGAAUAAAUAAAUAAAAAAAUUUAAAAAACACACUUUCCUGCUAUAUUCACUGUUAUGCAUGUCAGGCUUAAGAUAAAAGCAUUUCUUUAUGUGACUGAAUAAAUUACAUUUUAUGGGCUAAAGCCAAAUAGGUUAAAGACAAUCGUCCAAACAGAUCAGUGGAAUAGAAUUUCAUUGGAAAUGUGAAACACUUUCCCAACAAUGUUCAUGACUCUCUUCGAUUUUUAAGAAUUUCAUAUACUGGGCCACUUUUUAGCUUUUAUUAUUUCCCAUUGUCCAAAAAGUUAGGCAGCUAAUGGUCAAACAUGAGAUGGUAUUCUAAGGGAUGAGUUAUUUACUUUGUCUUUGAUUAAAAGUCAUCUGCCAGUUAUGUGGUUACAAUUGAUAUGGGGGCUAUUUCUUCUACAUGUUUUGGGUAAAGAAGACAAUAUAAAGAAAACUUUUUUAUUAUGUCAAAUUUUACUCAAGUAAUUUCAAGAGAAAUGGGACUUAAAGCAUUAUCCCAAUUAAUUCCUGUUUGCAGCCAGCUGUAUAAGAAGUAGGCUAUGUAUCUGGAAAAGGACAUGAGGUAUACAUAUUUGCCUGUGUAAUUUUAACAUUUUACAUUAAAAAUCAUGAAAACUUAGCUUUAUUGGAGAAAAAUAUCCUCUUAAAUUUUGGCAGUCAGCAGAAUGAUAAGUGCAAUAGUUGUAAAUCUACUUGACAUUAUAAUAAACUGAACUUUUCAAAGUC